AUGUUCCGUUUUACCUCUCCAUCGAUGCUGUGGCGCCGCUUUGCAUCAGUGACUGCAGCAGCAGCAAGCGUUACGACCGCUCUACCAGGUGUGUCGUUGCGGUUGGUGAGCAGUCAAGAGAAGGAUUACUACAAGACACUUGGGGUGAGUCGGUCGGCGUCACCAAGCGAUAUCAAGAAGGCGUAUCGCAAGCGGGCUCUCGAGACGCACCCAGACCAGGGCGGGAAAAAGGAGGAUUUUGCCGAGGUUGCAGAGGCGUAUGAGUGUCUUAGCAAUGAAGAGAAACGUCGUGUGUAUGAUCAGUACGGCUCGGAAGCAGCUUCCCACAUGGGCGCAGAAGGUGGCAUGGGCGGCUUCAAUGGCCGUUCUGCAGAGGACAUAUUCGCCGAGUUCUUCAAGGGUGGGAUGGGCGGUUUUGGUGAAAUGAAUCGUGGACCGCCGCAAGUACCACCCAUAGCUGUUAAGCUGCGCCUGACGCUGGAGGAGAUCUACAAGGGUGUGACCAAGUCGCCUCGGAUAAACCGACCGGCGAUUUGUUCAGACUGCCGUGGCUUCGGCACGAAGAGCCAAACAAAGAAGCCCAAGUGCACACACUGCGACGGUAGCGGUCAUGUCGUGCAUCAACACCGUAUGGGGCCUGGUAUGGUACAACAGACAGUCUCUCAGUGUCCUCGGUGUGGUGGAUCAGGCACCAUGGCGAAGGCGGAAGAUCAGUGCCCAAAGUGCCGUGGACUCGGCUACCGCCACCUUGCGCAAGAUGUGAACAUCGAAAUUCCUGCUGGUGUGCCCGCAGACGUUACACUGGUGGUUUGCGGUGAGGGUGGCACAAUGCCCGACGCAGAGCCAGGUGAUCUGCACGUACAAAUCGAAGUGGCACACCAUAAGAUAUUCACGCGUCGUGGUGAUGACCUAUUAAUGACGAAAGAAGUCUCUCUUUCAGAAGCUCUCCUGGGACUACAUAUGUCAAUUAAGAUGCUGGAUGGUCGUCACCUCACGGUGAAGGUGCCGGGUGAUACAGUUCUUAAACCAGACAGUGUUUUGAAGUUGUCUGGGGAAGGAAUGCCAAGUUCCAACGGUGGGCGCGGUGAUCUUUACAUCAUCAAACGACUGAAGGUGCCACAAAAACUCACAAAACAACAGCGCGAAGCUAUUGAGAGUGCCUUUGGAGAACCGCAUAAAGUACCUGAUGCAUCCGAAGACAAAAUGGUCACUGCUCGUGUGAUUCGCGAAAGCGCACAUGAGUUGGAGGAGACAAUGCGUGAGAAGUGGGGUGCGCAAGAGGGCGGCAGACAGGGUCGUGGAGGCGGCAGACAGCGUCGUGACAAACCAGGGUCCCAGCAGGCGGAAUGUGUGCAUCAGUAA